AGCUCCGCCCUCCAAAGAUUUUACCCUCCUCCUCCUCCUCCUGUUCUUCAGCCAUCGAAUAAACUUCAAAGCCGACUUCACAAUCAUUUACAGCAGUCUGGUUUAUGUUUUCACACCGAGGGAUGCUGUGAGGGGAAAGCAGCUGAAGUUAAGCCGGAAUGCGGAGGUGUUUACCGGCUGAAUCCUGAGACGUUAGCGGGGAGAUGCGUUCAUAGCAGACGGUACACAUCUAGAGCUCCUCUGUUCUCCUGCUAGUUGAAGUGUGCCUGGCGAUUCAAUCAUGGCUCGAGGUUGCAUCUGCUGCGUUAAAUACAUGCUCUUCCUCUUCAACCUGCUCUUCUGGCUGGGGGGGUGUGGGCUGCUGGGGGUGGGGGUGUGGCUCUCGGUGUCUCAGGGCAGCUUCGCCACCCUGUCGCCCUCCUUCCCCUCGAUCUCCGCCGCCAACCUCAUCAUCACACUGGGCACCGUCGUCAUGGUGACCGGUUUCCUGGGUUGCCUUGGGGCCAUCAAGGAGAACAAGUGUCUGCUUCUGAGUUUUUUCAUCGUUCUGUUGAUCAUCCUCUUGGCAGAACUUAUCCUCCUCAUCCUGUUCUUUGUCUACACGGACCAGGUGAGUGAUAAUGCCAGACGGGACCUGAAAGAAGGCCUGGUGCUGUACAACACUGAUAACAACGCUGGUCUCAGGGAUGCAUGGAACACCAUACAGGGAGAGUGGCGGUGUUGCGGUGUGAACGACCACAACGACUGGUUCAUCGCCCUGCAUGAUAACGGGGUUCCUGACCGCUGCUGCCAGCAGGUUUACCCGGGCUGCGGACGCAACGCCACCAACACCUUCUGGACACGGGGUUGCUAUGAGAAGGUGGAGCAGUGGCUGGAUGACAACAAACACCUUCUGGGAACCAUCGCCAUGUGUGUGUUGGUUAUACAGCUCCUUGGUAUGGCUUUCUCGAUGACACUCUACCAGCAGAUCCACCGAGCGGGGAAGAAGUAUGAAGCCUGAUGAUCGUCCCAGACUGUUACCAUGGUUUCACAAAAGAGUUGUCACGUGUGCCACUAUAGCCUUAAAUCUCACAUUCUCUCUGUCUAUUAAUGUAGUAUUCCAUGUGGUAGCUUUUUAAAAACACACUUUAAUGCAUGUUUUUAUGUGUAAUAUUUGCAAUUUGUCUCGGCCAAUUGAACACAGGUAAAGUGGAAGAGUGGGGAGAAUUUAUUUUUUGGGGUUGUUAAACUCUGCCUGUGGAAAAAUAUAUGAUGUGUGUACAUUUAGAUAAAACAAGUAUUGUGUACUAACAUGUUCAAUAAAAGCACUCUUCACAUUUGUGAUGUUUCUGAUAA